GCGGGGUUUGGGGCUGCGCCUGCGCGAGGAGGAGAACCGAAGGGUUCGUAGCAUGGUUUAGGUUGGAAGAAUCUUCCAUGGCCUUACAGGAGACUUAUGGCAACUGGUUGGGUCCCCCUCCGAUCCCCGCCAAGCGGAUGGUGAGACAAGCAGGGAUUUACUCUGCUGCUGGAAAAAUGACGCCGGUGAAUGACUUCAGGCCGGCAUCUCCGGACAGCUUUGCUGAUGACGAUGACUACGACGACGUCUCGGUGUCGGGGUCGGAUCGUGGCUACAAACCACCCACAUCCAACAGAGAUCUGCAGAGACAGAAGGGAGCAGGAGGCACAGGUGUCUACAGCCUGGCAGGGAAACCACCGUCAUCAAACCCUUCUCCUGUGGGUAACCCCAAGCCCAGCAGUGGAUGUGGCUGGCCGUCGACCACCAUCCUCUACCUUUUGGUGGCCCUGAGCUUCGUGGCGUGGGUGCUGCUCCUGGCUCUGGCCGUGGUGAAACAGGUGGAAAUCAUGGCGGAGUUGGAGCUCUUGAGGUCAAACUACUCCGAGACCCAAAUUCACAUGCUUCAGGAGCUGUCGGAAUCCCGUCGGGAGCAGACGUGGCUGCGGAGCGGGAUGCGAGGUUACUACAGAGAGCUGCAGGACGUGGCAGCACGGAUGUGCAAAGUGAUCCCGGGGUCAGCAGUGCUUGGCUGGUUGGAAGGCUUUCGAAGGGAGCUGCUAUUCCUUCUCCACCGAGAGGAUGAGCUGGAGGGAAGCAAAGGAGAUCUGUGACGACCAAGGUGCUCACCUGGUCAUCAUCAACUCGGAUCGGGAGCAGGUCAGCUUCCAAAAGCCCCAAAUCCCCGUUUUUAGGACAAUUCCUACGCUUGGCAAACACACGACCUUCAAAACCUCUGGGUUUGGGGGCUCGGAUGAGCCGAGAUUGGCCACUGGCCUCUGCUGGAGGGCUCAGAACGAGGUGGAAAAAGCUCAGAGUUUGAGUCAAUCAUAGAAUCAUAGAAUCAUAGAAUCCCCAAGGUUGGAACAGACCUCAAAGCUCCUCCAGUCCAACCGCUCACCUCUUACCAACAGCUCCCACUGAACCACGUCCCUCAACACAACGACAUGGGGACGCCAUAGGGACACAUGGGGACUCCAUAGGGACACAUGGGGCUGCCAUAGGGACACAUGGGGACCCAUAGGGACACAUGGGGACUCAUAGGGACACAUGGGGAUGCCAUAGGGACACAUGGGGACGCCAUAG